UCAUUUUAAAUCUCCUUAAAUUUCAAACUAGUAAUUUUUAAUAUUAACAUUUUAUUUAAUGGAGUUUUUUGCUUUAAUUUUUAUGACUACUGUCAUUUUCGUUUUGAAACCAUUUGAAGCAGAACAAUACUCAGAUUAUCGUGAGAAUUAUAAAAAUUAUAUAAAAAAAGUGGUGACUCACAUUCGUUCACAAAUUGGAUCAAAUCAAAUACAAAAUCUCAAACUAAAAAAAGAUUCAAUUUAUAUUACUGAUUUGGAGAAAUAUUAUCGAUCAAACAUGUUAGAGAAUUUCUUCAGAGAUUACUAUUCUAAUACAAUAAGUAUACUCAAUUUUAAGUACACAGAAAUACUUAAAAACUUUCUCGCUUACACGUAUUUUAUCUUCACUAUAUGUAAGCAAUUUCAUGAUAGAAAUUUAUCGGAAAAUUUUAAUUGUUGUGUAACAUCACUUGUAGAAGAAGUGAAAAAUUCUAAGACUAUGUUUGAAAAUCUCUAUAAUGCUAUGAAAUUUAUAAGCUACAUCGAUGUAAGAUUAUUAUUUGCAGGACGCAAUAUGCCAAAUUCUAUAAUUGACGAAAUCGAAUUCUUUCAACAAUAUGUUUUACAGAAAAAAUCAAAAACCAUCCAUUUUGAUCUCAAUAGCUUACCAAUUCUUGAAGACUCUGAAAGUGUAUUUCAUAAUUUUAAUCAAUUUUAUACAGAAGCAUUAAAAAAAGUAAACAAUCUCUUUAAAAAUAAUAAUAUUAUCGACACUUCUAUAAAAACUGAUUUGAUAAGUGAAAUUAAAGAAUGCUCUAAUGAAAAUGAUUCUUACUUAGUAUAUUUAACAUGUAUUAAGCUUAAUUCAUUUUACAACGAAACCAUAGAAACUUGGUACAAAAAUCUUGGCUUUGAACAAUUUCUGGAUCCCAAAACAUCUAAAUUCUUACCGCAAUUAGAAUCAGAUGUAAAACUAAAUCACGGAAUUAAAGCUCUCAAUAUUAUGCUCCGAGAAAAAGGUUGGGAUACAAUGGAUCACAUAAAUAUAUUUUAUAAUAACAAAAAAUUCAACGUAGAAAGUAUAAUAAAAGACCCAAUUAAUAGCAUAAAUUUUCAAAUAAAAAAAGAUCAUGUAUUACAAUUAUUAAGAUGCAGGUUUACAGAAAUAAUGAAAAACUACUAUACAUUAUUAUCUACUAUAUUUUUUAUUUGUGAAAAAGGAGAAAAAUCUGUUUUGCACAAUUGUUUGAUUCAAUUUUAUAACUCAUUCAACAAAUCUAAAAUAAUGUUUGAAGGAUUGCUUUCAGUUAUAAAUACUUUAAAGAAAUCGGCAAUAUGGAAUGUUAGUUACAACUCUCAUUCAAAUUUACAGAAUAUAUUAAAAUGGGUUAAAUAUUUUCUCAAUUUACUGCAGAAAAAAGAGUUUUCUCAAUUUAAUAAUAUUGAUCAACUUGAUAUGAAAAAUGUCAAUGUUCAAAAUCUAGAAGACUUAUUUUUAAAUUUUCGACGUGGCUUUUAUGAAGAAUUACAUAACGAAGCGAGACACAUGAAAAUCCGUUGUUGUAUGAAAAAACCUUUUUAUAAUAAAUUAGAAUUAGUUGACAAUUUCAGGUAUACAGCAAAUAUAAUGAAUAAUCCUAAUAUAGAGACAAUAGAAAUUUAUCUAAGUGCAUGUAAUUAUUUUAACAAUUUUUGUAAAAAUGUUUACAAUUUUUGUUAUGAAGAGUUGGGUUUCAAAAAAGUUUAUUUCUCAACAAAAGCUAAGACCAUAAACUCUUAAAUUUACUAUUUAGAUAUAUAUAUAGAUUGGUUAUUUAUCUGUAGCCUUCUCUACAUAGUAAUAACUAGGCACUAACGAGUUGAAAUUAAAAAGUUUUCACCUGCAUACUUGCUACAAUGUAAUAUUAAAAAUACUUCAAUAAGUUAUUAAAGUAAAUUUCUGUAUGUUAUACAUUGUUUUAUCUAUUUGAGUUAAAAAUAAUAAUACAUUACAUACUUUAAAAUACAAAUUA